AUGAUAUUGAUAGCAGACUGAAAAUUUUAAAAUCAUAGAAAAUAAGCACAAUUACAUUUUAAAAUUUAUUUUUCAUGCUUAUAAGUAAAUAUAUCAACAUAUGUUUCUAUGAAACUGAAACGUAAAAGUUGUAAAUGAAAUAAAUGAUGCCUAUUUCUGUAGGAAUAGUUUUUGAAUUUAAAAAUUAAAGUACAAUGGUUGCGUUUCCUUUAGUAAAAUUAGCUGCUUUAGCUCUUCGCCAAAUUAGCAAACCAUUGGCAAAUAGAUUGAAAAACAGAGCAAAAAAUAGUCUCUUCUUCAGAACUUAUAUUUGUAUGCCACCAGCCCAACUGUAUCAUUGGGUGGAAGUAAAUGUCAAAAUGAGAAUGUUGAAUUUAGGAAAACCUACAGAAGUACCAAAAUUAAAUGAAGCUAUGGCAAUAGAAUUAGGUGCUGAUUUACUAGGUGAAGCAACGAUUUUUAUGGUAGCAGUUCUCACAUUAACUGCUGAAUAUGUAAGAAAUGCUCGUAAUGAGAAGGCCAAAGAAGCAGCGAAAGAAGAACGUUUCAGGAGCAUUGAGAAUGACGUUGAAGAUCUAAAAUUUGUUGUUGAAAAACAAAAUGCUGAACUACAUCAUUUAACAAGAAUGUAUUAUGCUAUGGAAGAAAAAGUUAAAGAUAUUGAACAAAAGAAAAAGAAAUAACAAAUUGUAGUUGUGUUACUUUAGGUUAUAAAUUAUUUUUUGUUAUUCUCUAUGAUGCAGAAUCUGUUCAUAUCUGCAUACAAAAUAACAAAGUCUCAUUGUAAUAUUUUUCUGUGUACAAUAAAACUGUUUUAUAGUAUUGAGAAAGAACAAAA